GGCGCGUGCCUGCGUCUUAAAAACUAAGUCUGUCCUUCACGCGCUGCCAUUUAGAAGAUGAAGGGCUCAACUAAAUGCCCCGAUCCGAAAACACGAUGGAACAGACGCACUUCCAAGUGUGAGCAGUGUCCUUUGAAGCCAGGACAUGAAGUUACUCCCCACUGUGGUUUUGAUGAUAACGGAGGUCGACACUUUGGCCCUCAUAAACCGUGCAAACCCGGUACUUUUAAUGAUGGCAGUAGCGCAUACUGCAACCCUUGCGCCUCAUGCAAACUUGGAUUCAGGAUUGUGCAGCCAUGUAACACAACUGUCGACACCAAAUGCGAAGAAACAAGAAACGAGACAACAGACGUUCCAGACAAAGGAGAUGAACCGUCUCAGAUACACCCAACGUUUUUCAGCAACGGCACAACGAAAAAUGGAUUCACUUCAUCCCCACAUGCAGUAACUACAGCACAAGUCCUCUUCGAUGGUCAUGCUCUACCCAGUCAUGUUACACCGUGGUCAGUACCAUUGGCUAUUGUUCUUCCCCUCAUUACACUUGUACUGUUUGCUGCCUGUGUCUUUUACAUGAAGCAGAAAAAAGGUCAAAACACAGCGAUGAGUUACAGCAGAAGAUCACCAUACAUUAAUGCAGGGUUCUCUCCUCUUUCUGCCUCAUCUGCUAAAACUGAUCUGGAUGAAGUUCUGAGUCCUGACAUCCUGUCAGCUCCAUUACAGGCAGUUCUAGACAACCUGGAUGUUUUAGAAGAGCUGGUGAUUCUGUUAGACCCAGAGAGCCAUGGAGUGAAGAACACCAAACAUCUCGCCUCUCACUGCUCCUUCUCCGCCACCUGGAUUACUUACACCUACUCAAUGAAGGACAGUAAAAGCCCCCUGAAGGCUGUGUUGGAGGGACUCACCAGCAAACACCCUGACUGGACAGUGGGCCAUCUUGCCAAGCUGCUCAGACAUAUGGAGCGCAAUGACGCCAUCGCUGUCCUGGCUAAAAUCCAACUGAAUGAGGUUAUUAUGUAGCAUUUCAUCCACCUGUAAAGUCUUUGAUCACUUAUGUUGUUUUUUUUCAUGUGUGAUCAUUUCUGUAAGACUUAAAAAUCUUGAUGUUUACCAAAUUUCAGUACUAUGACAGUUGGCUUGGACUGCUUCCUUGCUAACUUCCUGGCUAAUAUUAACAUUAGCGUUGUUAAAUAAGGCAAAACCUCCCGGCUAAUAGCAGGUAAUGUUUGCUACCAAGUGUUGAUUACUAACGGUAGCUGUUGUUACCAAAGUCAUGACAGCUGUAAAGUGGUGAGACAACAAAUGAGGACAGCUCUAGUUGCAUUAACCAAACAGGAGGUCCUGAAGGAUUGUGUCAGAUUGCUUUGAAGAUUUAUAUAUCAUAUAUCUGACGGUAUAAGCUCCUGUAUACAGCUCCUAAAUGCACUCCAUUUAUUUUUGCACAUGAAGACAUGAAGAAUUAUGGUAUCUCUGUGGCUCUUGAACUUCUUUCUUUCUUUCCUUUGAAGGAUUAAGUAAGAACUUAAAAGAUGGCUUUUAAUUUUGCAUCUUUUUCAUCAUAUUUACCAACGACAACAGGGCAAUAUGACCUGCAGUUAAUUUUCUUCCCUUUAGUAAUGGUAAAAUCAUUUUAUAUUUUGGUCAUUUUCCACCUUAUAAUUAGCAUAUGUAUUGACAUAAACAUUAAGUCGAUGCUCUUCUAGCAAAAAGGCAUAGGAUGAAGCCUUAUUUUUAAUCCCCUUUUACAUUAUUUUAUGCCUGCUUCUUUUGUAUACUGAGCAAUGAAAGAAGGUAACAGAAAAGUAUCGAUGCAUUAUAUAGGCACAAAAAUCUCAUAUACAUUCCAUGUACAUUAGUGUUCAUGCUUCAGUUUUAUAUUUGAGAGCGAUUUUAAUUUUGUUUUGAUCUGUUUGCACUUUUUACUAUCAGUUUCUCAAACAUUUUAUAUAUGACAAACAUAUCUGUUUUACUUUUUUACAUCUUUAUGUUUUUAUGAAUAACAGUUUGCUCUCUCAUUUGAAACAUCAAGCUUGUAAAAUCAAUCAUUUCAAACGUAAUCAUUUUGAGUGCCUGUGAAUUUAUGAAUUAUUUGUUUUGUCAUUUUUAGUUUGUGAUUUCAAUCACUCACUUGUGAAGAAAAUUAAUCAUAUUGGAAUUUUUUUUUUCUAUUUCUCCACACAGUACGUUGGCUCAUGAGUUAAACCUGUUUUGUGUCAAGGCACAUUUGAAAAUCUGAAGAAUCUCAUACCACCCAUGUCAAAAUGUAUUAAUAAAAAUCAUUCCUAUUACUGAGAAUUUGUGUGGUAACAGA